AUGGGAUGCGUUAUUAAAGACCAUCAGCAUAAUAUAUCCCUAUCGGCCUGCAAACGAGAAGAUGUGUCGGUUGAGGUUGCAGUUGGGGAGGCAAUGGCUAUUAGGUGGGGUCUUGACGUGGCUUCGGAAUUGCAGCUGGAGAGAAUUGUGAUAAAGUCUGAUGCAAAGGUGGUGGUGGAUAGUGUUAAUCAUAUUCUUAAGUUGGCAGCUUUGGAACCUGUGGUUUUGGAUAUUAAAUCCUUGCUCUCUAGUUUUACUUUCUCAUCUCUUUUAUUUCAUAGCAGAAACUGUAAUGUUCAAGCUCAUAAUUUGGCUAAACUAGCUUAUGUAAUUGGUUCUAAGACUUGGAUUGGGGUCUAUCCAUCCUUGGAGAACCCUCUUGUUGUACCAGCUGUUGUUUCUUAA